UGGGGAAUUGGGGGGGGAAGGUAAAGUUAGGUGGUGAGAGAGAGAGAGAGAGAGAGAGAGAGCAGAGCAAGGCAGGAAUGGGAUGGGACUCGAUUGGAUUAUUGGGUCCGAGUUCCGGGACGGAGCCAGAGACUGGCCCGGUCAGGUGACCCGGUGCUCGUUCGGGAAUAGCGCCAGACGCCAGGCCGGGGGUACCCUGGGGAAGUCACGGGCGGCCCAGGCACCGGCUCAUCGAAGGGGAUUGAGGGGGUGGAGAGAGGGAACAUUGAUAGGGUCGAUAGACGUCCGCUGUAGAUCCGGCCUGGAUGGUAAGCCACCAAAUCCACGGUCGGGAUAGAACAAAGCAGAAGAUGGGGAGUUACUAAAGUACGAAGAAGAGGCAGAGAAGAGGGGGAGAUGAGAUGGAACGGGAAAGGGAGGGGGUAAGAGAGAAGAAAGAAGAUGGAGGAGGAGGAAAGAGGCGAGAGAUAAAGGAGGGUGACGGC